UCCAAUGUAAACAAUUUUAUUAUUUUGCAAAUAUCAGCGUAGCUUUUCUGGUCGAUUAAAUAGUAAAAAAUGGCCGACCAGUACACCAUAAAGGUUGAUCGUUCUAAGGCAGCGUCCGUUGAUGCUUAUCUAGAAUACAAAAGGAUUGUAGGUGAAGACGAUGGAGGUGUCAUGUUUACUCCAGAGGAAUACGAAGACUACAAGAAGAAAGUCUUACCAAUGCGUAUAAAAAACCGUCUCUUCACCAGCUGGUCUGGUCCCAGUGGUAUAGACUGCAAGCAGAUCGGUCCAGAAACACUGUGCUUCUGCAAACACAGAUACAAGCAGCACAAGACCGAUUUUCACGUGAUCCCCGAGGAGCGCCCGAUCCGGUUGCCGUGCCGUGCCAAGGGCUGCCGGUGCAGCACGUACCUCUACGUGCCCAUGAACGGAGGUCAGCCCAUCCGGUGUACGUGCAAACACCCUUCUGAUGACCACAAGGAGGCAGCACCGUUUGUCUGCAAGAAAGGUGGGUGUACGAAGUGUGUCGGCUUCAAGAGUCCGUUCACGUGCGGGUGUGGAUCUCCCGUCCACCAGCACCAGAUGAUCGUGGAGACGGCGGACGAGAGAGAGGCCAGAGGUCACCCAGUGGGUCAGGCUACCCCCUACGCUGCCAUGGGGGGACUGACGGGAUUCUCGUCCCUCGCAGAGGGAUACAUGCGACUGGACCCCAGUGGAAUAGGUGCCCCGGAUGAAGAGUUUCUGAGUCAGGAGAUCACGGCCAAUGACAACCCAUUUCUACGGGCCAACGUGCAGGCCAUCAAGGCUCACAAGAUGGCCAAACAGGGUAUCACUGGACCAAAUGCUGAGGUGUUUGAAGACAUCACAGAGAGAGUGUCCACCAUGAAGCGUCCCGGCGAAACGGACAUGGAUUUCUAUGAGCGCCGCUAUCAAGAACGACUGAAAGCUGAGAAAGCAGCAAAGAGAAGAGACCUUGGCACUAAUUUACGAGUGGCACCACGGAAAGCUAUUGAACCAAAGAGAAAAGCUGCUAAUCAGCCUUCCACAAGCCUGGCAAGGAAAUAGGGGUAAAUAUCUCUAGUUUCUGUUGCUGCAACACACUUGAUGGCUAGAAGUGACUUCUCUUUGUGUAUCAUACAUGACAUAUCACAAUAUGGGUUUUAUUACAAGUCACUUUUUCCCAAAAGAAAUGUAAAACUAGAUUUCUGUGAUAUUUAUUAGUUACUAUUACUUAUUAUUUUUACUGUAUUUUUUAUUGUUUUGUGUUAGAAACCAUGUGAUUUCUUUUAUUACACUGAUGACCUAUGUGAUUAGGGACAAAAACGAAAUCUGACUUUGGUUCAAAAUCAUUACAAACAAGCUGAAAUAAAAAAUUUCUCCAAAGGGAAAUAACUCAUAAUAUUUUGAUGUAAUCCAGUCUUUCUCACUUCUCAGUGGUUUUAAUUGUUUGUUUAUUCUUGGGGGAGUUGUUUUGGAGGUUUUAUUGUUUUUUUGGGGGGGGGGGGUUGGAGGUGUUAGUUUUUGUUGUUGUUAGGGUUUGUUUUGGGGGUUUCUGGGGGGGGGGGUGUAUUUAGUUUUUUUAGUUUUGUGUUUAUGCUUGCUAUGAUCUGAAUACUAGUGUAAUUUGAUUUAGGCCAGUAGAUUUUAUUUUAUUAAUUAUAAAAAGUUAUGUACUUGCUUUUAUUAAUUUUAGUAUUAUUAAUAAGAAUUAUUUGUUUAUCUUCAGAUUUUAAAUCUACUUUUCCUUUUUGUCCUUGUAAUAGAAAAAUGUAUUAAUGGCACAUGACAUUUACCAUCAUAUUUCAUUUAAUCUGUGGUCCAAAGGAUGUGGUAUGUGCUGUUUUGUCUGUUGUCAAAUACAUUUUAGAGAUCACUAUGAAUUAUGAAUUUUUGUUUUUGUCUCACUUUCUGAUAAUUAAAUUAUUAUUUUUUAAUUAAUUGAUAACUCUUUACGAUAAUGACAUAUUGAAGACAGUAGAACUAUUUUUUUCACACUGUCAGUGAUUUCAUGUGGUACACCUUUUAAUUAAUAAAUUGUUAGUGACCACUAUAGCCUGGCAUUAAUAUGUUGUAGUUAAUUGAUUAUAGAGUUAGCAUGUCUAUAGUACAAACACUUUGACUGACUAUCUAAGUGUAGCAAAGAUCCAACCUAUCUUAUUUUAUUUAAUGUUCUGUUUUUCCAUCAGUUUAGGCUGAAUUGGCUUUACAAGUCCAGGGUUAACAUUAAUAGAGAUUAUUAUACAAGCUUGUGUGUCGUACUGAUUUUACGAAACGAGUGUCAGGAUUAUUGUAUUACUCAAACGAGAGCGAGGGUAAUACAUGAAUCUUGACACAAGUUUCGUAAAAUCAGUAUGAUUCACAUGCAAGUGUAAUAAUUUCUUUAUUAUCCACAUUAUUCAAAAUAUUAUUUUUGUGAAUAACAAGCUAGGACCAUUUCAAAACGAUUCUAAAAAGAGACGAUGAAACGACAUCAUUUUCAUAAGCGUUUACACUGGGGAAGUCAUAUUAAGUUAUGAUGUUGCUUCACAAAAUUACGUCAUUCGUUGUGCAUGUGGAAUAAUUAUGACACAUGUCGGUCAUACUGGUUAUAUUUCCCUGAGUAUCUUGAACUAUGUGGAUAAUAAUAUAAUUUAUUUGUAUGUGAAAUAACUUACAGUAUGUUAUUAUUGAAUAAAACAGUUGAUCAACCUACUAAGCCACCCUACAAGUCCUAAAUAAAAACAUUUACUUGUAACGGAUAUUUUCUCGCUCAUUUGUUUUAUGUUUGUUAUUCAAAACGGGUGAUUUUUUGUUUUCCAGAAUGGUGUGUGUAGCUUGUUGAAUUGAUUUGGAAACAUAUGUUUUCCAUUUCAAAUGCAUGCAUGGGAAUAUCUCAAAAUAUAUACAUAUAUUUCUAUGCAAGAAAAUAGUUUGUAUUAGCAUUGAGUUGGUUUUGCUUAUACAUGUAAUAUGUUUUAGCUACUAUAGCAAUAUAAUCACUGUUGUUUGAUGUGAAGAAAGAUGAAAUGAUAAACAUUGUUAUUACAUGUAGUACAUGUGUAAAAGGCAAGCCUAUUUUGCUACAUUUAAUUUUUGAAACUGUGAUACUGUAAUUUAAUUAUAUUAAGAUCUGUGACGCAUUCAAACCACACGUUUGUUUGUUUGUUAGUUUGUUAGUUUGUAAUCAACUUUGGGUGUCAGAAUAUUUAUUGUAAAGUGCCUUUUUUUCAUAUUUGCUGUAUUUUUAUUUUAUUGAAAAAAAUGUAUCUAUUGGAUGUGUCUGAUACCAAAUUCUGUCAAGGUCUUCUUGUAUUCAAGUGCCUUUAUUAUGCUUUCAUUAUAUUUACUUUGUUAAAAACUUAUUCACUAAAAGUUUUUCAAUAAUUUAUUAGUAAUUAUUCAGUCUGUUUUUUGUUGUGUUUUGGUGGGGGGUUGUUUUUUGUAUUCAGUUGUCUUUAUGAUGCUUUCAUUAUUUUUAUUUGGUUAAAACGUUAUUCACUGAAUUUUAACUGAAUCUGGUAGAAUAAAAAAAAUUCUUAUUGUAAAUAAACACACUGAAAAUUUUUAAACAUUUAGAAAAAUGGAUAAUUAAAAUAUUUGCAGAUGCUUGGUUUGUGUAAUAAUAUAUGUAUAUUGAAAUUUAUAUUGGAGCAAAUUAUACAUGUACAUGCCAGUGAAAACAAUGUUGUCAAAAUUUGGUCCAUUUAUUUGCAAAUUUAUUCAUGUUUUUGAAAACGUAAAUUGCUGUCUGAUAAUAGAUUAUAGUGCUGGCAAGUGUUAUACCGAAAAAAUCAUUUUUGCUGGGUUAAAUAGUGUCAUAUGUCAUGUCUAGUAUAUUCUUCUACUUUUUUCCCAAAUAGCAUCAAUAUACUGUUCAUAUUUAGUCCAACUGGUCAUAGUUGGAACUCACUGUCACACCCAAUGUUGGCUAAUUGAUGACAGACUGAGCUGGUCACUUUAUCGCUCUAGGCACCACACCAACAUUUGUCAUGUCGUUACUUGUUGUCAGAGUCAGCAGUGAAAGUUGGGUGGGGCCAUUGUCAGGGUCAGCAGUGAAAGUGGGUGGGGGCAUUGUUAGUACAAUGGUUUGGGGGAUGGAAAUUUGAGGGCCUGAAGGGCCAGAACUUGUUAUGUGAGUUCAGGGGCGUGCUCCUCCAAGAAAAAUUUUAAGUUCAGGUUUUUAGGUUUCCAGCAUUCUAAGCACAAUAACAGAAAAAAAGUGGAACCCUUCACUCGAGGACGAAUAUGUAAAUUUUUGGGCUUACUCUAUAAAAUGAAUAUAAAAGUCUGACCUUUGUCCCCCCCAACCCCACUCCGAUUAGAGACUGCCUCCCAUACUAGAGAUUGUGUCCCACCCCCACUCCAGAUAUGAAUGAAGGCAUGAAUAGUUGCCUCAUAAGAUAGCUGCUUAAUACAGAUUUGUACAAUAUUAGAUGAUGUGAUGGGUAAACUAGAAGGCCUCUUUAUCAAUAUAUAAGAUGACUUCUUAAGACAGAUGGUUAUUUAAUGGAGGUCAGUGUUUACUAUAUUGAUUGGAUGUGAUUCAAGGUGCCCUUUAAGAGGGUAGUUGCUGAACAGAGUAUGUGUCAUUUGCUUAAUUUUUAUUUAUGAAGAACUGAAUAUUUUUUAUAUAGAUUGUGAUUUUGUACUGUGAUGCAUUUUAGGCAACACUGUCUCAAAACAUUCCAUCCAUAGCACAUUUUAUAACCACUAGACUAUAGCAUACAUUUGUUAAAGUUAUUUAUUAAACAGCUUUAUUUUA